AACUGUUCUGCUCUGUUCACCUACAGGUUGUGACUGUUUCUCUUCUGUCGUCCGUGUGGAAAGUGCCACACACACUCCAGAACAACGACGGCUUUUGCUUGCAUUUUCCAGUGUUUCUUUUGUCAGCGUGUUCAGCAAAGUUGUAAUUCUUCAAGUGCCAGCCCUGAGCUGAGUGAGGAGCCAGCAGCAGAGAUGGUAAAAAUGACAAAGUCAAAAACGUUCCAGGCUUACCUGCCGAACUGUCAUCGAACCUACAGCUGCAUCCACUGCAGAGCCCAUCUAGCCAAUCACGAUGAAUUGAUCUCUAAGUCCUUUCAGGGAAGCCAGGGACGAGCCUACCUCUUUAAUUCUGUGGUAAAUGUGGGCUGUGGUCCAGCAGAGGAGCGAGUCCUUCUGACAGGUUUACAUGCUGUAGCAGAUAUCUAUUGUGAAAACUGUAAAACCACUCUUGGAUGGAAAUAUGAACAUGCUUUUGAGAGCAGCCAGAAAUACAAAGAAGGAAAAUUUAUCAUUGAACUUGCCCACAUGAUAAAGGACAAUGGCUGGGAGUGAAUCAUACCGUUUUUCCUUCAGUUUGGACAAUAUUCUGUGGAACCUGCUUUAUAAGGACUAACGCAAAGUGAAGGAAGAUCUUGGCUAAAGUGGCCCUGAGAAUAUCACUGAACUCUGAAACCUCACACAUGAGUAGUGUAGUGUAAGUGGCUAUUUCAGGCCAUGUUUGCCUUCUCUCCUUGUGUAAGUUCCCUCUUUUUGUAUGUGUAUUAUUGUGUGAACGGUUGUUUUGGAACAUUUUGGAUGACCUUUUUCUAAACUCUCUCACACUCUAGAGAAACAGUUCACUAAUUGAAAACAGAUUUUACUGGUUAGCAUCUAUCUCUGACCUAUGCCUUUAAUGCUACCUUCUGCUGUGCAUGCUUCUUGCCUAAACACCUACACUCCAAUCCUGUAGAAGUUCUGUGUCUGAGCAGUCCUAAAGAAUGUAUAGGAUGGGGUGCUUUUUUUAUAUGUAGCAAUUUCUGAUGUAUUUGGCAGUGAAAGGGAUGCAGUAUUGUAAUUAUUCAUUUAUUUUUAAAAAAUUUGUGUACCACAACCUGUGUACAUCUUGUAGGUGAGUUGGUUAAAGGUACAGUGCUCACUUUAAAAACAUUUCAAUUGCACUGACUGAAAUUAGCAGAGGUUUUGUUAGGAAGGGAUUUGCUGAUGGCUCAGUAUCUUAAUGAAAUAUCUUAGAUGGAUUUUAAAUCAAUAAUGCUGUAGAAUAUAUUCAGUUAAGACCAAAACAUUACCUAAAGAGUUUGCUGGAUAUGGAAGAAAUCUAUAAAAAUAUAGCUUGCAAGAUCAAAUGGCACAAAAUUGUAUGCAUCUUCUAUUUUGGAGAAGAAAAACUAGUCGGUGUAUUUAAAUAGAAAAGUUUUGGUACUGUACCUUUGCCAGGGACAGGGACUUGUGCAUUGCUUAAGUUUUAUGGCUGGUUCCAUGUAGCUGUAUAGCCCUAAUGCACUGGACAAAGAGGUUGAUAU